AUGCAAGCGGCGGAUGACAACUGGAAGAGUCCCAAGGGCAAAGAAAUCAUUGGGCCGGUCAUCGCUCAGUCUUUCAAAAAUUUAUCAGAGGAAGGAAUUGCUCUGCUCACCAUGUUCAUACUGCCUACACGAAAACUGCCAGAUACUGCUCUGACACUGUAUAAGGUGAUCAUCGAUGGGCUGGCUGUACUUCUUCUCUUUGACACUCAGUACUACAUCUGGCAUUUCAUUCAUCACAAGCAACCACAGCUCUAUCGUUUCAUGCACGCGACCCACCAUGAAUACGUGGCUCCUUUUUCUUGGUGCACUCAGCUGUUCAGCAUCCCAGAGCUGAUAUCCAUUGGAUUGUGGAGCAACCAGGACUCAAUUCUUUUAAGGUGCCACCCAUUGACCACAUGGUGUGUGACGGUUUUCAGCAUCUGGAUGUCAGUUGAGGACCACAUUGGUUACGACCUGCCGUGGACCCUCAACCACAUGGUGCCUUUCGGUCUGCUGGGCGGCGCACCGGCUCACGACAUGCACCACCAGAGGCCGAGCAGCAACUACGCCCCCUUCUUCUGCCACGGGGACCGAAUCUUUGGCACCGCCUUUACUCAGAGAAAAGAGACUUCGAGGACAAUUCUGUGA